UCCCCAUCGCUACAAUGGCUUCUCGUGUGGCUAAGAGCGCCUUCGGUGCUGCCCGGCUCCGGCCGACCCUUCCCGCGCGCAACGUCGCUCCCAUCACUGCCAGCUUGACCGCGUCUCGUUCGGCCUCCAACCUCCCCUCCGAGGACCCCCAGAAGAAGGCUCAGUCGAUCCUCGACUCUCUCCCUGGCAACACCCUGGUCUCCAAGACCGCCAUCCUCUCCGCCGCCGCCGGUAUCUCCGUUGCCGCCAUCAGCAAUGAGCUCUAUGUCAUGAACGAGGAGACUGUUGCUGCUUUCUGUCUUCUCAGCGUCUUCACUGCCGCUGCUAAGUACGGUGGUCCCGUCUACCGUGAGUGGGCCGAGGGUCAGGUUCAGAAGCACAAGGACAUCCUGAACGCUGCCCGUGCCGACCACACCAGCGCUGUCCAGCAGCGUAUGGACAACGUCAAGGAGCUCUCCAGUGUUGUUGACAUCACCAAGCAGCUCUUUGCUGUUUCCAAGGAAACCGCCCAGCUCGAGUCUCAGGCCUACGAGCUCGAGCAGCGUACUGCUCUGGCUGCCGAGGCCAAGCAGGUUCUCGACUCCUGGGUCCGCUACGAGGGGCAGGUUAAGCAGCGCCAGCAGCGUGAGCUUGCCGACACCAUCAUCGCCAAGAUCCAGAAGGAGCUCGAGAGCCCCAAGGCUCUCCAGCAGAUCCUCCAGCAGAGCGUCGCCGACGUUGAGCGUAAGUUGUCAAUGUGAGUCCCAGGUGUGGAAUUAUAGCAACUGACAUAUCUCCAGGUAUCAUGUCUUCCAAGGCCCAGUAAAUGGACUCGCAUGAAUGGCGUCCUCGCUGUUGACAUCCUGUACAAAUUAAGGAUCUGUUUCUGUGCCCACUUAGACACACCAAUACCAUUCUGAUCAAAAUCAGGAGUAUUGUAGAUGAUUGUACUAUGUAUUUUUUUUCAAUAAAGUGACUUGUUCUGAAUCAAUCCGUGUGGUGUU